AUGAGAAACUUGAUGAUGAGCAUAUUCUUGCUGGUUGCCUUGGUGGGAUGGCUGCUGAAUUGGGUUUUGCUGCCCACCAAGGUUUACAAGGAUUCAUGGAGGCCAAGGCUUUCUUCCACCAACUUCAACUCAGCUUAUUUCGAAGGACAAGGGACGAACCUUCUGCUCUUCUCUUUCCCUGUCAUGUUCAUGGCCGCUUUGGGAUGUGUCUAUCUCCAUUUCCACACCAAUAAGCUCGAGAAGAAGGAGAAAACACUCUCCUCAUCAUCUUCCAAAAGAGCGGUUAUGGGUAAAUUCUUUCCCUUGUCGAGGAGGCCACGUGUAAUUUCGCCGUUGGGUAUAGUCACAGGAGUGGAGCUCGCUUUCCUGGCAAUGUUUGUGGCGCUUCUCGUCUGGUCGCUCGCAAACUACUUGCACAGGAGUUUUGGCCACUCCCACAAGCUCAAGCACGGCAUAAAACCUUGGCAGGUCAAGUUUCGAAUCGUAGCACUGAUGCUCGGCUACGUUGGGAACAUAUGUUGGGCGUUUCUCUUCUUCCCCGUGGCUAGAGGAUCUUCGUUGUUGCCGCUCAUAGGGCUAACCUCAGAGUCCAGCAUCAAGUACCACAUCUGGCUAGGGCACAUCUCCAAUACCCUCUUCACCUUACACGGAAUUGGCUACAUCGUGUAUUGGCCAAUGACCAACAAAUUGUCCGAGAUGUUGGAAUGGAGCAGGACCUGGGUGUCGAAUGUCGCCGGAGAGAUCGCACUGGUGAUGGCUUUGGCGAUGUGGGCGACGAGCUUUGCUCCGAUCAGGAGGAAGACGUUUGAAGUCUUCUACUACGCUCACCAUUUAUACGUUUUGUUCAUAUUCUUCUACGUGUUGCAUGUUGGUGUCGAUUUCAUGUGCACGGUUCUUCCUGGGAUUUUUUUGUUCUUGAUCGACCGGUACUUGAGGUUCUUGCAGUCGCAGAGGAAAGCCAGGUUGGUCUCGGCUCGGCUGUUGCCUUGUGGCAGCGUCGAGCUCAACUUCUCCAAGUGCCCAGGGUUGCAAUAUAGUCCAACGAGCAUCAUGUUCAUAAAUGUGCCAACAAUUUCCAAGCUGCAAUGGCAUCCUUUCACCGUUAUCUCAAACAGCAACUUGGAGCCCGACGAUCUCAGCUUGGUCGUAAAAUGUCUUGGAAGCUGGUCACAGAAACUUUCUCACCAAAUUUCCACCUCAACGGAUCACCGUCUCGAAGUCUCUGUUGAAGGCCCCUAUGGACCCGUUUCAUCCCAUUUCCUCAGGCACGAGGCGCUGGUGCUGAUCAGCGGAGGCAGCGGAAUCACUCCAUUCAUAUCCAUAAUCCGCGAAAUCAUCUUCCAGGGCUCAUCAAACCCUAAUUCUCAAAUCCCAUCCCAAAUCCUUCUGAUCUGCGCUUUCAAAAACACCGCGGAUCUCGCCAUGCUCGACCUCCUGCUCCCCGCCGGCGGCACCCAUCACCCGAUCCCCGAACUGAACCUCCAGAUCGAAGCCUACAUCACCAGAGAGACCGAACCGCCGCCGGCCGCGACGCCGCCGCCGGCAGCUCGAAUCCGAAUCAAGAGGUUCAACCCGACCCGGUCCGACCUCCCCGUCGCAUCGAACCUCGGGCCGAACCCCUGGCUCUGGCUCGGCGCGAUCGUCGUUUCGUCCUUCUCCAUCUUCAUCGUCCUGCUCGCGACGCUCACCCGCCUCUACAUCUACCCGAUCGACCGGGACGCCCGCGACGGCAGCUUCCACUACUCGUUCUUCGUCUUGUUUGACGUCUUCCUCGCCUGCACCAGCGUUCUCACCGUCUCCUCCGCGGUGUUCAUCCUCCGCAAGAAGCAGAGGGGCUCCGGCGGUGAAGGCGGGAAAGUGAAGAGCCUGGAAGUGGAAAUGGAAGCCUCCCCGUCUCCGCCGCGGCCGGCGGGAAGUUUCGUCGGAGGAGGAGAGGUGGAAAGCGCUCCUGCUCGGCAAGUUGCUGAAGCUACCAAGGUGCAUUAUGGGCGGAGGCCCGAUCUCGAGGGGAUUUUGCUUGGAUGCCAAGCAUCGGAAGUUGGGGUGAUGGCUUGUGGGCCAAGAUCGUUGAGACAUGAAGUGGCCAGGAUCUGUUCGUCCGGCUCGGCCCAAAACCUGCAUUUUGAGUCCAUCAGCUUUAAUUGGUGA